AUCACGUAAGGGUGUUUGCUUCACACUUCAGUUCUGUCUGAUCGAUGUGAUGCUCAUCUUCAUUUUGUUUAUUUGUGAGCUGUUGUGUUGUGCAGAUCUUUCAGACUUGCUUAUAUUUCCAGACCUGAAUUAUUCAGAGGUUUUCUGCCAGCCACAUGAUAGCGUAACCUCAAAUGAGGCACAAUAAAAUGUCUAGCAGAGCUCAGGUGAAACGUGAUCUCCCCUCGCACACCUCCACACGACACAUGAGCCAUGAAACCAAACACCUGCUGGUCCCCUCGCUCCUCUUGUCUUACCUGUCCCGGCCAUUUGUCUCGCGGUCUGUGUUCAUCAGCAUCAUACGAACGGAGAAAUAGUUCUCGUACUCAUAAAGACGUUCGGUCGCUGGGGAAGGUUUGUUAACGAGGCUUUGUCCAAGAGCAACUGGACUCUCUUCAGGGAUACUCUCGACAGGUGAUGAUCACUUCUCGCUGGCGCUGACAGAAACCUCUUCAGGAACAUGAUGGCUGUACGAGGAACCAUUCCACCUCCGGAUUACUACCCGUUUGAUAUCGCUCUCUCUGCCCAGCCACCUGAAGAUCUGCAGGGGUUUUACAAGGGAAACCAACAGAUGCUAAGCAGAUCAGGAUCGCAUUAUGGUUUGGCCGCAGGAGGGGUCAGGUCCGUUUGGGAUCAAGGGCAGACUAGGGCGACUACUCCCGCGGCCGGUCCUGCGCCGCCUCCUCCACCCCCUCCUCCCCCACCCCCGGCUCAUGAGAUCAGCCGGCUGUACAGGGAUUCUCUGGCUGCCAAGAUGAUUUCAGAUAAUCAGCGUGCUCGCAGUAGAGCCGCCUCACCCGCCUGCUUCGGCAUCGAGUCGGCCGCGUCCAGGUUCCAGGCCGAUCAGGGUCAUUCUGUAUACGGUGACAUCAACGGCAUCCCUCUUGAGUCCAGUCAGCCCCACUCCACCUGUAUUGUGAUGGAUCCCACGGCUUCGGUCAUGGACGGAAAUCUCUCUCGAGGGACGGCAGCUUACGGCUCGGUAGCGAACCAGAGGAUGCCCUAUGACCCUGCUUAUGACCCGAGUGCAGGAGGGACAGGUCCAGCGGCUGUUUCCGCAGACCCGAAGAGAAGUGCCGAUCCGGGGUUCCUGGCCCUGCUGCGCUCCGAGGGACUGUCGGAAAGCACCAUAAAUCUGCUCCUACAGCAGGGGUUCGACUCCGCCGCCAUGCUGGCCAUGAUGGAAGACCACGACAUCCGCUCUGUGGCGCCAAACUUAGGACAGGUACGCGCCCUGUCUCGAGUGGUUCUCAGUUGUAAGACGGGCGCGACGGGUGCCGGCGUUCUGCGGGGUCGCUCCAACAGCUUCAGUCACCGCAACGAUCUCUACGUUCAGCCUCAGGCCCUCGGCGCAGACGCUCACUUCAUGCAACAGCCGCCCGGCGAGAGAGCGGGAGAGUUUCUGGGUCGCCGGCCAAGCAGCGCUCCCUCUCAGCAUCUACUAGAAACAACAACAUACCCGGCGGUUCGACCGCUAGCGGGUCUUCACGUCAGUCCCGGCGUUUACGCUACCGGUUUACCGCAGACGCGACCACUGUCCAUGUACAACGCCCACAGCGGUCUCGGUGUGCCCACACAGCCAUGUCAACCUAAGACCUUCUCCGGCACCUACGCUCCCAUGGAGCUGAUGAAGCGUCCACCAAACCUGCCUCCUCUAUCUCCAAGUCAAAGUCCUCAUCACAGCCCUCAGUUACUGCGAAAAGGAGGCGCUCCCCUGGAUGCUGCGGUUCUCCAGGUGUCUUCUGCCCUACAGGCUCAGACCAUUAAUCCAAACAACAAGCUGACCCGUCGAACAGGACCGCCGGUCAUCGUGUCCACAAUGGGUUCUCCUGACACAAGUAUCAGACCUCAGAUCAUGAACGGUUCUCUUCAUCCUCGUCCUCUGGUGGCUCUGUUGGACGGCCGUGACUGUACCGUGGAGAUGCCCAUCCUGAAAGAUCUCGCGACUGUAGCUUUCUGUGAUGCCCAAUCCACACAAGAGAUUCAUGAGAAGGUGUUAAAUGAGGCUGUUGGUGCGCUGAUGUAUCACACCAUUACUCUGACACGAGAAGAUCUGGAGAAGUUUAAAGCCCUCAGGAUUAUUAUACUCAUUGGCAGCGGAUAUGAUAAUAUAGACAUCAAAGCGGCUGGAGAGCUCGGUAUUGCGGUGUGUAAUAUACCAUCAGCUGCAGUGGAGGAAACGGCAGAUUCAACUCUGUGUCAUAUUCUGAAUCUUUACCGGAGGAACACGUGGCUUUAUCAGGCCUUGAGGGAGGGCACACGCGUGCACAGCGUCGAGCAGAUUCGCGAGGUGGCGUCAGGAGCCGCACGCAUCCGUGGAGAAACGCUUGGACUCAUCGGCUUCGGUCGCUCAGGUCAAGCUGUUGCCGUCAGGGCCAAAGUGUUUGGCUUCAAUGUGAUCUUUUAUGAUCCGUACCUGCAGGACGGUCUGGAGAGAUCACUGGGUGUUCAGCGUGUUUAUACGCUACAGGAUCUGCUGUACCAGAGCGACUGUGUUUCUCUACACUGUAACCUGAAUGAACAUAAUCAUCAUCUCAUCAAUGACUUCACCAUCAAACAGAUGCGUCAGGGUGCAUUUCUGGUGAACACAUCACGCGGUGGUCUGGUGGAUGAGAAAGCUCUCGCUCAGGCUCUGAAAGAGGGACGAAUACGUGGAGCUGCUCUUGAUGUGCAUGAGACCGAACCGUUCAGUUUUGCACAAGGAGCUUUGAAAGACGCCCCGAAUCUGAUCUGCACUCCGCACACGGCCUGGUACAGUGAACAAGCAUCAUUAGAGAUGAGAGAAGCGGCCGCCACAGAGAUACGUAGAGCCAUUACAGGUCGAAUUCCAGACAGUCUGAGAAAUUGUGUUAAUAAAGAGUUCUUCAUGACCUCAGGACCCUGGAGCGUCAUCGAUCAACAAGGUGUUCAUCAUGAACUCAAUGGAGCUCCAUACAGCCAAGUCAACCAAUCACUGCACGCCAUUACUACAGGCUCCGCCCCCCACGACAAAAUCAAUGCUUGAAUGAGCAGCAGGUCAUCAGUUGUGAUGGGUGUGGCAUCAGGGGGCGUUCCUGCAGGUUCAGGUGCACUGCCAAUUGUCCAAUCGGUGCCCUCGACACAUACAGAGAGCAGAGAUGAUGUGACAGAGCAGAAACACUGAAGCUGAACUCUGAUCUCUACAGACAGAUACAUUUCUCUUAUUUACAUAAACAUUAUUCAGGACUCAUGAGGGAGUUGAAGUUUUUGAUCUGCACAGAAGCUCCGCCCUCAUCACAGGAACCCUCAUCUAUUGAGCGCAGCUGUAUGGACACACCCACUUUUAAAAAAUAAAUAAAUCCAGAAUGUUUGACCAUCAGCAGGUUCCACUUUAUUCCAGGCCACACCUACUAAUCUAUUAUUUCAAAUGAUUGACAGCUCACUGCUGAUUGGCCUGCACACGCAGAGUUUGGCGGAUUCUCGUGUGUUUGUUUGUUAAUUUAUUAUUAGAGAUGAUUGUUUGUAAACAGGUACACGGAUUAUUAUUUUUUUGGUCCAGCAGAUCAACUUGAUUUUGUAUUCUGUGAGUUUGUGGUUUUGUCAUCUGUUUAUUCUGCUAUGACUCAGGUUAAUCACAAUUAUCACUUUUAUAUCCUCAUUUUGUGUUUUAAAGAAGAGAGAAAUGUUGAAGUAAAAUGAUCUGCACAUUCCUGUUUGAUUGAUUUUAGUGUUUUAUAGAGCAACAUCGUAACGUUUCUAGAAGAACUGAAGAUUUAAAAAAACAUCUUAGGUUUCUAUUGUUAGAUAAAUCUUCUCUCAUUUAACCAGUGGUCCUCAACUGGUCUGUUGAUGUGGACAGCAGAGGAAAGAAAAACAAUUCAACUAACCAUGACAAUUAGUUUAGACAGACAAAUUAAACAGCAUAACUUGCCAAGAAUAUUAUUUUUAAAUCUUUCGAUAUUGAUGUCAGCGUUUAAACUUCUGUUAAAUGGGAGAAGCUAGUCAGUCAAAUCUCAAAAACCUCAAAAAAGUGAAGAUCUAUGAAAACUACAUGAGCUGAAAUAAGAAAGCAAGUCAAAUACAGCAGAUAAAACAGAUUUAUCAUUCUGUGGAUGAAGAUGGUUUGUGUCCACAUUCAAUCUGUUUGGUGCUCUGAAUUACCCCAAGUUCAUUUUAAUAGUUCACAUCAAGACAUUUUUGUUUCAAUUUUGUAUGAUAACUGCAGUAAUAAAUUGGAUGUCCUCAUACAAAAGCCCUUUGAGAACCGCUGCUGAGAAACAGUUCUGUCUUUGUUCUUUGGUUUGGUUUGUUGGGAUGUGUUUGUUUGUCUGUCAGACAGAAAGAGAUGCAGAAGUGUAAAGAUUUCUUUCUUGUGAUUGUUUCUGGUACGACUGGAACAUUUUCUGUUCAGAGUUCAAAUAAAACAUGCACUUCCAUUUUAAGAAUGUCUAUGCCUGUUUUUAUGGACCUAUCAUGAUUCAGAAAUGUACCCUCCGUGUAGCACAUCCAUUUACCACUAUUAUUAAUGUCGCAAUAUUAGUACACCUUAUUCAAAACUAUUUAAUUCAUGUGGUUAAACAUUCAAACUGUCUUAAGAUAAAGUUAUAAAGUUUUUAUUUGCUAUCACAAAUACGCCACGAUCGAUUCCUAAGCAAUUUGCACGUCAGAAAGCAAUGCUUAAAAGGUUACGAAAUGUUUCGUUCUUGUAAGAAUGGAAGUGAUUUAAAAUGUUUACAAGUUACACAGUGA